AUGUUUAGCUUUUCUGAGCAAAAUGACUUCUUUGGCCGUCGAUGCGUGUGGGUCAACGGCCCCGUUAUUGUAGGGGCGGGUCCCUCUGGGCUAGCUAUCUCGGCUUGCCUUAGGGACCAAGGGAUUCCUUUUGUGGUCAUUGAAAGAUCUGACUGCAUUGCUUCCCUUUGGCAAAAGCGCACGUAUGAUCGCCUUAAGCUUCACCUUCCUAAGAAAUUCUGUCAACUUCCCAAAGUACCCUUCCCCAAAGAGUACCCCGAAUACCCCACAAAGAAACAAUUCAUCGCUUAUCUCGAGAAUUACGCGAAAAAAUUCGACAUCAAGCCACAAUUCAAUGAGUGUGUUCAGUCGGCUAAGUUUGACGAGGCCUGUAAGCUCUGGCGGGUCAAGACCGUUUCGACGAUCGGAUCAAUCCGGUCGGAAACGGAGUAUAUCUGCCAGAUGCUUGUGGUAGCUACCGGAGAAAAUGCUGAAGGGGUAGUACCGGAAAUCGAAGGCCUAAAAGACUUUUCCGGUGAAGUGAUCCACGCAAAAGAUUACAAAUCCGGCGAGAAGUUCCAAGGAAAGAAAGUUUUAGUCGUGGGUUGUGGGAAUUCCGGCAUGGAAGUGUCUCUCGACCUCUCUAACCACAAUGCAAAGCCAUCAAUGGUGGUUCGAAGCUCGGUUCAUGUCUUACCAAGAGAGAUCUUUGGGAAAUCAACAUUCGAUUUAGCCAUGAUGCUGAUGACAUGGCUACCUCUAUGGCUAGUUGACAAAAUUCUACUGAUUCUAGCAUGGUUCAUCAUCGGAAACAUCCAAAGUUACGGGAUAAAAAGACCAUCGUUAGGUCCACUAACACUCAAAAACCACCACGGAAAGACCCCGGUUCUUGACAUCGGAGCACUCGAGAAAAUCCGAUCAGGCGACAUCAACGUAGUCCCCGGAAUCAAAAGGUUCACCGGAAAGUCAGUCGAAUUGGUCAACGGUGAAGUUCUAACCAUCGAUUCAGUUGUUUUAGCAACUGGGUAUUUCAGCAACGUCCCAUUUUGGCUUCAUGAAACUGAAUUCUUUGCUGAAAAUGGAUUCCCCAAAACUCCAUUUCCAAAUGGUUGGAAAGGAAAGGGAGGGUUGUAUGCAGCUGGGUUCACAAGAAGAGGGUUGGCUGGUGCUUCUGCUGAUGCAGUAAAAAUCUCAAAAGAUAUUGGAAAAGAAUGGAAAGAGGAACUAAAACAGAAAAUUAAGAAAGUUCCUACACACAGAAGAUGCAUUUCAACUUUCUAA